AUGAAGACAUUAUUAGUCUGCGGCCUAGCCGUUUUGGCUAUUUCUACCGUAUUCGCCGAUGAUUUGGAUAGUAUCCUCGACGAUAUCGAUGAUGGCAAGGCUCCAGCUCAAGGUAACCUUUAGUGAGAAGCAUGAUUUCAAUUGUUAUUUUUUUGAAUUUUAAAACAUUGAAGAAGUUUUAAAAUUUAAAAUUUUUCUGUUAGAAAAAUUUUAAACUUUUAUUGACUUGGUAUAACUAAUUUCACUGCUGGGUUAAAUGUUGUGCAGAACGGCAAACGUAGGCAGAGUUUUCUCAUAUAAAAGGAAACAGUUGGUCCGUUCACAUUUGCUGACACAAAAUUAAUGAUUUUGAAGAGAAAACAAAGGGGAGAGCUUGGCUAUGCCGAAUUCAUGACUUUCUAUCUCUUUUUCAAAGCUUAAUAAUUUAACAAUAAAAAAAUUUUAUUAGGAUUUUUGAACUAAAUUUUUUAUUGUUUUUGCCAUAUAGAAAAAUUUUAAAACGUAUAUUCAACUUUCAAAAAACGUUUAAAAAUAUUUAAAUUUAGCUCCAAACCCAUGUGAUGACCACGUUUGUGGCUGGGGAAAGGAAUGUGUUGUGGACAAGAAGAACCGACCAGUCUGUGAAUGCAUCUCUAAGUGUCCCGAAUUCGAUAACGACCCAAAUGACAUGGUCUGCGGCAACAACAACCAAACCUUCUCCUCGUUGUGCGAACUCUACCGUCAACGUUGUGUGUGCAAGAGAAAGGGCAACAAGGAGGGAUGCACAUCUCCAGCCAACGCCAAAGUCCAUUUAGAGUACUUAGGUGCUUGCAAGGAAUUGGACCAAUGUACUGAUGAGCUGAUGGCUCAGUUCCCCGAACGUAUGGCUGACUGGCUUUUCCAGGUAACCGGAUUUUAAAUUUUGAUUUGCAUCGGAAAAUGAAUUGUUUUUGUAGGUGUUGUCAGUGGCGGGUUUGCAAUUUUAGUCUAGGGCAAAACAGCUCAAGAAAAUUUUUGUAGACCACAUUUAUUAGGGAACGGCACAGAAAAAUAGAAAGGGGCUGUCAUACUCGAAGUAAUUUGUUGGGUCGUUUUACAUCGAGGCAAAUAUUACAUAAAAUUAUAAAUAUGACAUAAUAAAUGUUGCGCAAUAACAUUUUUUGCAAUUUCUCUAAGGUACAUAAUUGUACUAUAACAUUAGGUAAUACCGCACAAAUUUUGCGACAUUUUUAUUUUACAUCAUUCACUGAUUCUUUUUCAGGUCAUGAAAGAACUGAAGAAGCGCCGUGAACUACACAACAUGGAAUGGGAAGAGUUGGUUUCAGAAGCCGAAACCGACGACGAAAAGCGCCACAUCUACCCAGUCAUCUGGAAGUUCUGCGAAUUGGACAUCAAGCCCCAUGACAAACACGUCAGUCACCACGAAUUGAUCCCAAUUACUGCUCCAGUCAUUCCAAUGGAAAGCUGUAUCAAGCCGUUCUUGGAACGUUGUGAUGCCGACAAAGACGGUAGCAUCACCAUCAAGGAAUGGGGAAAAUGUUUGGGAUUGAAGGAAGGCGAAAUUCAAGAACGUUGCUAA